GAACGCACGUCAACGAAGGCGGUGAUCGGAGGUGAUUUUGACGAUUUUGACUGUUUUGACGUCUGUGACAUCAUCUGCGACAUUGUGAUAACCGAGUAAAGGAAGAGUAGGGUUGGCAUUUGAAGGAUUUAAAGAGUGCAACUUAUUGAAACAAAAUGAACGAAGAAAUAGAUGACCAAGAUUUUUAUCAACAUGACUUUACAACAGCUACAGACUGGGAAAUUUUCAUUGCCCACUUGGAGAAAAUAAUUCAGGAAUGGAAGAUACCGAAGGUUAAGAUAGGUCCGCAACUUAAAAGGGGUGAACUCAGUGAAGGAGAAUGGAAAAGGACGUCAGAAAAUAUAUCAUUUGCAGAUUUUGAGUUCAUUAUUACAAGGUAUAAUCUGAGGCUGAAGCCUCUAGAAGGUGUUACAAGUCCAGUAGAAGAAGAAAUAGAUGAGGGAAGAACACAAGUACAAGAUGACAUGAUGUCUUUGGACAAUGACUUUCCUCCUCAGAGGGAAUGUGAUUUUGGUGAUGGUAGCUCCCAUCCACACCCACUGGUGAGAUGGUAUGGCCUUAGAGACUUUGUAAUUGUUUCACCAGCACGUUGUACCAUCUCUGAUGAGAGUAGAGUGAAGAUUUUGCUCAGUUCAGUAUACAUAGCCAUCAACAAUUCUAAUUGUCAAGUUCCUGUCUUUGUACAAAUUCAUGAACCUCAACAGCAUUACUACAUGGGAGUAUGUGAAGGGAAAGGAAUUCGGUUUGAAUUUGAGAUGGUUCAUUUGAAACGUACUCCACCUCACUGCAAGUAUCUCACAGGGCUUUUAAAUCUGUUUAAAUCCAAAGUUCCAAGUCCUUUGUCUCUUGAACCUGUUUCUGUUGCUGUGAGAUUCACCUAUGUUCUGAGGGACUGGACUAGCAACAACACUUGGACCCAGGAACCUCCCGAUUUUGAUAUCCUGCAAGGGGAAUCACUGGGUGUUGCUGAAUUGGGAAAACUGCCUUUUGGUGCAACUUUUGACCCAAUAAGUGAACUGCAUCUGUUUGCAACUUGGCCACAUUUGAUGGAGAAUGUAGUUGUGGACAGUGAGAGUUAUUCAGACUUUGAACCAUCACAAGCACCACAGUGGGCAGUUCGAGUGAAGAUGGCAGAACAGCCAGCUUGUUUGCUAAAUGAAUACUUCAGUGAAUUCAUCCAGCUAUGUAGUAAUAACAUAUCAAUGCAGGAUUUGCUUGGUGAUCUGGUUCAUAAAGGAACUUCAGUUGACACAAAUCUGAGCACCCCAUUGAAUUUGCUAACAGAAUCUCGUGUCCCUACAAUUUCUAAAGUGAUUGAAAAAGCCAAAGGCCAGCGUCAAGUAUAUGCAACAAAAGGACCAAUAACUGACAGCCAACUGAUGCCAAUUCUGUACUUUCUCUUCCCAGAUGCUGAGGAUGAACCAGAGAAUCCUUAUAUGGAACCAUUAAGCAACUAUGCCAGCUGUGAUAAUCAGCAGUUGGAGGAAUUGUCAACUGGGUUGAAAUCUGCUCCAGUGGAUGGACUCAUAUGGAGAUUGGCUGUAGUGAUGUCUCAUGUAGUUCAUGCCCUGGGGGACAUUAGAGCAGCUGCUCACCUCUGGUAUGAGUUCACUCAGGAAAUGAGAUACCGUUGGGAAAAUGGAAUCACCAUUCCAGGGGUGCCACCCGGUGUUCCUGACCAACGAACAUGUCUGCUUCACCAGAAAUUACAGAUGCUGAACUGUUGUAUUAUGAGAAAACAGAUAAGGGAGCUGGCGGCUAGGACGUGCUUAGUGGAGGGUGAAGAUUGUGAAUCUGACUCAGAAGAUGAAGAAUUUUUUGACUGUUCUGCAGAAGAACCAGAAGGGGAUAUGAAAGAGAAGAGGAGAGGGAGUAAACAUCGACAUAAGCACUCACUGUGGAACCAGCCAGUGGGGAGGUUGAGUAAGCAUGGGAACCUACGGCUCCUCAACACUGGGGAACAUUUAUACAUCCCAGUUACACAGGAACCAAGUCUGAAAACUGAGGAUCAGGUGGAAGAAGAUGCACAAGUUCUGCUUCAGCUGGGAACGGAUGCUCAGGGUGCAGAGAUGCGAGCGCGCAUGAUGAGUGCUUCUCUGUUGUCAGACAUGGAGUCCUUCAAGGCUGCAAAUCCAGGAUCCAUUUUGGAAGACUUUAUUCGUUGGUACUCGCCAAGGGAUUGGAUUGAGGAAGGUGAAGUGGAUGAAUAUGGACAAAGGAAAGGUUCUCUCAGUGCUCGUAUGCAGAUUAAAGGCAACAUGUGGCUUGAGGUAUGGGAAGCAGCAAAACCUGUACCUGCAAGACGUCAGAAGCGAUUAUUUGACGACACCCGGGAAGCACAGAAGGUGUUACACUUCUUAGAAUCACAGAAGCCCUCUGCUGUAGCGCAGUUGCUUCUGCCUGUAUUGACGCAUGCUGCCAUCUGCAGGCUGUUGCAGGAACAGAAGGAAGAUCUGUCAAUGUUAUCAGAAUCAUUUCGGCAGAUAAUAAAGACUGCUGAAAGAAUCACGCGGAACCCAAGGCCAACACUUCAGCAGUAUGAUGAAUUGGCCCUUCAAGUUGCUGAAGUAGAAGAAGUUAUUGCCCAGGCAAAUUCCUUGGAGGUAAAAUUCAGCUUGGCACCUGAAACUGUAGAGACUCCGGAACUUCGCGCAUUUCUCUUGAAACUUAUGCAUUUGUCAGAAGUUGAUGUUCCAGGUGGGCCCAGAGGUGCUAUCGGAUCCAGGAUACGAACCAUGUUCUCAGAUGCACAGAAGGUUGCACAGAUGGUGUCGGACAUGGAGCCCCUUAAUCUUGCUGAAGAGACGCCAUGGAGCAUCAAUUCUAGUAAUUUCCCACAACCCAGUAUUCGUGAAUUUGUGAUGCGUGUAUGGGCAACCCGGCCUGCCCCCAGUUCAAGGCUCACACCACAGCGACUCACAGCAAUACUCAAGAAGAAGGAGUUUCGUCUUGCAGGUUGCUUUUGUCAUGACACAACAUUCCAAUAAUUUGUGACUGAAUAGAACUUCACCAUCUCUGCGUGAUAUAUCCAGGAUUCACACUUCACAACGCAUUUCAGAAUGAAGGGGAACACUUUACAUGCAGUCAAAAUGUCAGAAUAAUUUCUGAAUGUAUAAACAUCUGUCAUCUCUUAUACAUUUCAAGGUCUGUAUCAUUACUGGAAGCCAGAUUUGGCAUGCUUUUGUAAUGUGUUAAUCUCUUAUAAUGUCUGUUUCCUUCCUGACAUGUGUUGCAUUAUUAAAAAGUUUGCUUUGCAAAGGUAAUUUGCUUAUUUUCAUGUUACAAAUGUGAUUGUAGAGGCUAGGUAAAUAAUGUGUUUUAUCAGCACUUUGAAACUGAAGAAAAAUAAAAUCAUUUUUCCUUUUUUGUAAAGAACUGUAAAUAGUUUUGUUGUGAAUUAUCUAUAAUCUUCAUAAGAGAAUAAAAGUGUUUGUUUUCCAAAGGUAAAAGGUAAAGCUGUCCCUGUGCUUAUUUAAUUAAGCUCCACAC